CGCGGGCGUCACGUGACCGCGCAGGAGCGCUCACGUGAGUCCGUUGGCGUCGGGCCGCGCCGGUUGAUGACGUCACGGCGCCGCGGGGCCGUGCGGGAGCGCUGCGGGAAUGGAGGAACGGGAGCGGCUGUGCCGGGAGAUCCGAGUGCUCCAGGGUCUCAUAAACAGCCACAGGAACAUGCACGGGAAUGUCCCGCGUCCGGCGCCAUCGGCUCCUCCGAGGUGGAGCAACCCCUGCCAGCCUGGCUACACCAGGAGAGGAGCCUUUUCCACCAGGUACCCCCAGCAGGCUCCCAGCAGGAAUUUCCACCCAUGCCAGACUCACUCCUGGAGGAAAAAAUACUCCCUGGACAACCGGCUGCCGGGAUCGGGAUAUGAUGCUGGAAGUGCUUCCAGCACUUCCCAGGGUUUUGGGAGCCUUGGGGACAGCCAGACUCCUGAGGCACCGGAAUCGUCCCCGGAGAGACACGUGGACUUCACCACGGAUGGGAACAUCGUUGUGGAUAUCCAGAUGCCACAAAGGGCUGGCCAGGAAAAUGUGCGUCCUUACGGAGAGUUUUCCAGGCGGGAAGUGGCGGUGGCUCCUUCGGCGGGUGGAAACAUCCAGAAAUCUCUUCUCCGGGAAGAAGAGAGAAGACCUUCCCUAUCCAUUUCCUUCAGUUCCACCUCGAGGACUGUGUGCCUGCCUGGCAGCGGAGCCGGGCAGGUGCUUUCUGCCUCUGGAAGCACCAGUGAAAGUGCCGUGGCGCUGAAGUCGGAGCCACAAAAACCUUUGGAAUUUCCAGGUCAGGAGCCAGCCCAGCACUCGGUACGGAUCAAGGCAGAACCACUCUCUCCAGGGCAGCCGAGUGGUGAGGAAGUCCGGGAUGCUUCCCUACAUCCCAAACUCUUUGGGAAUGCCGAGACGCUGUCUCGACCUGCUCAGGCUACUCUGGUGAGGAGCAGAUUUCCCGUAAUUCCCAAAGCUCCAGCUCUCCAAAAAGCUGCCUCAGCACCCAUCUCCAGCAAAUCUCAGAAAUUCAGGAAAAACAACUACACCUGGGUGGCGAACCCCGGGAAAAGCUCUCGGAUUGUGAAGAGGUGGGCGAGCCCUCGAGCCGAAAAUUCCAAGAAGGGCGCUGGGGGAGUGGACAAAGGUGCUAAAAUCUCCCCCAAAGCGGAUUUGGGAGCGAAGAUAAAGAAAUUGGGAUUGCAAUCCAAGCUGGGCAUUUCUCCCAGUAAAUAUAAGUGGAAAGCCUCCAGCUUGCAGACUUUGCCUUCCACUUCCAAGUCAGCAUUCCAGUGGAGAUCUGAGGACCAGAGGAAGGCUCCAGCCCCAAAUAUCCCUCGAACCGUCUCUGUCCCCGCGGCUCCGACCGCGGCGUCCGUUGUUCCCGGUGGGGUGAAAUCCUUUGGAGAGGCUGCACUGUCCAGUUACAAAGUGAAGAGUCGGACAAAAAUCAUCAAGAGGAAAGGGAAUGUGGGUUCCCCCACGGAUAAGAAGAACGUCUCCCCCACCACAGCUCUGAAGAGCCGCUUCCACCUCCGGAGGAGAAAUUCCAUGCGGGGAAAACCUUCAGCGACGGCGAAGCGCUCCUCGCCCCGGGGCCUGGUGCAGAUUUCCAAGCACCGGCUCUGCCGGAUGCCGGCGACCAGGACACAGGCAGCCACCAAGGAAGGAUCCAACUUCCACUUUGUAAGGAGCCCCCCAGCCAACAAGGUGAUAAAGACACGCUACAGGAUCGUGAAGAAGAAUGUGGUGUCUCCAGCCUUAUCAUCCUUCACCAGCCCCGUUCCCACCUGGAAAACCAGGCGCCCUGUGGCAUCCAGAUCCCCAUUGUUAAACCAAACCCGAGCCUCACUGCAAGGUGGCAAAUCCCAGCUCGUCCAACAGCGCUGGAGGAACAAAGGCUUCCGCUGCAUCGGUGGUGUCAUGUACCGGGUGUCAGCCAACAAACUCUCCAAAACUUCCAGCAGCCCUGUCCGGGCCAGGGACCUGAGCACCAAAACUCCCAUCAGAGCAGCAUUGAGAUUGCACUCCACACCCAGUCCUGGGGUCUUUACACCAAGCCUGAGCAGAUCCUCAACAUGCCGAUACAUUGCCAGCCGUGCUGUGCAGAGGAGCUUGGCCAUCAUCCGUCAAGCCAAGCAGAAGAAGAAAAAGAAGGAAUAUUGUAUGUACUACAACCGCUUCGGGAAGUGCAAUCGGGGCGAGAGCUGCCCCUACAUCCAUGAUCCAGAGAAAGUGGCCGUCUGCACCAGGUUUCUCCGUGGCACGUGCAAGAAGACGGAUGGGACCUGUCCGUUUUCCCACAAGGUGUCCAAGGACAAGAUGCCGGUGUGUUCCUACUAUUUGAAGGGGAUCUGCAGCAACAGCAAUUGCCCCUACAGCCAUGUCUACGUGUCCAGGAAGGCAGAAGUGUGCCAGGAUUUCCUCAAAGGAUACUGUCCCAUGGGAGAAAAGUGCAAGAAAAAGCACACACUGGUUUGUCCCGACUUUGCCAAGAAAGGUGUCUGCCCCAAGGGUGCCCGCUGCAAACUCCUGCACCCUCAGAAGAGACGUCACCCACAGCAGGUUGGAGGUGACGGAGACCACAACAACCCCCCUUCCAAGUGGAGACGGACCCAGGAGGCAUCAGGCAGGAAUGAUCCAGCUCAGCUCCAGGAUGAUGGGGAAGUUCCCGGACCCUCCAGUGCAGAGCAAGAGGUGAAGUUUUGGAAAGAGGAGGAGCCCAAGCCAAGCAGCUGCCUGCAAAAGCUGCCAUCCUUCAUCUCCCUCCGAUCCCCGGAAUCUCCUGGUUCCCUGGGCUGCAAAGAAGAGAGGGAUGAGGACGAGCCAGAGGAUGAACCGGGAGCAUGGAGCCAGAGGGAGAACAGGCUUCCCUACCCAUCCGACUCCUGUUUUCCAGGUAAUGGGCUUUUCCAUAUUUCACCUUCCAGUUAAAUCGCCUGUGCUGGAGCCUAACUGGCCUCCCCGCGCUAAUUGCACCAAUGCAAACCAUUCCAAUCGAGUGCUAAUUUAAUUAGAAAGCACCCAUUUUAGUUAAUUUGUUCGAGAAGAUCACUGCAAACUCCUGGAGAGAACAGAUGUUCCCCUCUCCCCCGAUGAACAUUGCGGGCUUUGUAAAUGGCUCCGCUCAGCCUUGUUUAGGAGAGAAAAGAGGAUUUUAUAGCCGCAAACGACCCUUUCUGUAAACAUUUUACAGCUCUCUGCACGUUUGAGUGACGAUAAACCCCGAGCAGCUCGGCGGGCUGCAAAUUUGGGACCAUACGGCCGUCAUUUUAUUGUCAUAUUUCACGGUCGUAACGUUAAUGGAAGAUGCUCGCUCCAGUCUUUUUUAACGGCUCCGCUGAGCACGCUCAACCGCCUCGGCUUCCAAGGAAUUCAGGGAGGUGCGGCGGCGGCUUCUGGGUUUGUUUACGGCUCCUGCUUCUGGAGGGAUAAGUUUGGGAAUGUGGAUUUUCGCCUCUUUUCUCGCCGUGGUUGAGAGAUGACCCCAACAGGGCACGGAACUGCCACUGUCACUGCUGCCUUGGUGGCGGGUCUUGAUCCAACCAUUCCCAGCUCCAGGAAUCCGAGAAUUGGAGAGUGUCCCAAUUUAGAAGGGACUCUCAAGUCCAACUCCUCAUCCUGCACAGGACAACCUCAAUUUAAUUUAGCAGUGCUGCCACCCUCCGUGUGGAUAUGGCCAGUCAGGUUUGGGUCCCAUGGGAUCUUCAUCGCCUUCAGCAUCUCCUUCAGUGCUUCUUCUGCCAGCAGAUCCUUGCUCCAGAACUUUUUUUGGUAGCCAGGUGAGGCAGCCAAGCCUUUGAUCAGUCAAGUCGGUGGCAGAAGAUGCCUUGGAGCUUUCCAUGAAGCAUCUGCGUGGUUGGGGAUGGAAGGUUUGGACACAAGGGGGUUGUCCUGGGAUAACAGGAGCUGGCAUCAGCUUUGACUCCAGCAGGACUUGGUGCAGUUUGUUCCUCUUGGGAGGAAGCAAUGGGGAUAAAAUAGAGGGAAUUGAUUUCUCUGUGUGGUCACAAACAUCUCCAGGGUGGUGAGGCCUUGACACAGGUUUUCCAGAGAAGUUGUGGAUGCCCCAUCCCUGGAAGUGUUCAAGGCCAGCUUGGAUGAGGCUUGGAGCGACCCAGACUAGUGGAAGACAUCCCUGCCCAUGGGAAUUGGUCCUUAAGGUCCCUUCCAAUACAAACCAUUUUAGUAUUCCAUGAAAAAAUGGGCAAAACAAUCAAUAUGGAAGAAAAAAAUUCAAUCCUGGCAAAGGAGUGAGACCUAGCAGGUCCUAAAUGGGACACUUUUCAAUCAGGAAAUUAAUUCACAGUGAUGAUUCUGACUUUUGGAGCUUCUCAGAGCCACCAGGACAUGAGGAGAUCCAAACCCAGCCUCCAGCAGCACCUGGGUCAUCUGUGGCACCCCAAAGGCUGAAGAUAUCCCAAGCCCAAAGGUGUCUGGUGGAUGUAGGGGAUGGAGAUGGAAGGAUCACAGAAUCAUUAAGGUUGGGAAAGACCUCCAAGAUCAUCAAGUCCAACCUGUGACCAAUCCCCACCUUGUCACCAGACCAGAGCCCUGAGUGCCACAUCCUGUCAUUCCUUGGACACCUCCAGGGAUGGGGACUCCAAACCUCCCUGGACAGCCCCUUCCAAUACCUGACAGCCUUUUCCAUGGAGAAAUUUGAUGGAUCCGUGUUGUCCUGCUUGAGGGAUAGGUACAUUGAGACUCAGUUUUUAGGGUCUCAUCCGCCUGUGGCAGAAGGUUUGGGUGGAAGAGCAGCAGGAUGAGUUUCUAGUGCAGGUUGUCACCGCAUGGAUUUAGUGCAGGAUGGAGCCAAGGAGAUCCAACCCUCCCCAUAUGCUUUUUCCAUAUGAAAAAACAUUGGUGGAAAAUUCUGGGAUGUAGCCCUUGCUGCUGGGCUUGACACCCCAUCUUUUGUUGUUGAUUUUUAUUUAAUAAUAGUAGUAGUAAUAAUAAUAAUAAUAUUUAAAAAGCAUCUCCCAGCUCAGGUUUCUCCAGGAGCACUUUGGCAACAAAAGUAAAAGACCUUUCCAAGGCAGAUUCAGCCUCUGGACUCCCCUAAGGUGUCCUGGAAAGGGUUAAGGGAUAUUUUUAUUUUGGGAAUAAGUAGGGAAAGUGUGUUUGGAGGGAAUUUCUCCUCAUGGCGUUCAACCUUGAGCAUCCUGCAGGGAAAUUCUGGGAUACAUCUCAGUGUUCUGAACCUUCCUGGAGGAAGAUGCAGGACAGGAUGAAACCCUUUGGUGGCAUCAGGAGAACGACGGAGACCAAACAUUCCAUCAGGCCAGAGGUUGUUGAGGAAAGGAAACCAACAGAAUUCCAGCUUUUCUCCUGCUGGAUGGUAAAGUUUAGAAAGCUGCAAGGGAGUUAUCUUUCCCUGUAUCUCGCUGAUUUGGGGUUUGGGAAUCUUCACCCCUCGUGUGGGGCAUCUCCAGCUGCCUUCCACCUCCCCACCUUGUGGACAAAUCCAAUUUCUUAAUCCCUCAUGGAUCAGGAAUGAUGAGCAGGGAGAGGAUUUGGGGCCCAGGCCCAGACCCACCUCCUUUCACCCUUCAUCCGAGAGGAUUCCCCACCUUGAAAUCUCUUCCAGUCCCCCUCGGAUCAGCAUCUGGAUGCAACAAAUUUGGUUUUAACUUCCCUGUUGGAUGCAGCUGGAGCCGCUCGGCUCCGGCUGGGGGAAAACCAGGUUUUAUUGAAAAAUCUAAUGGUGCCACCUGAAGUGUGAUUUACUGCACUGUCCACUCCUCAGACUUGAUAAUAUAUUUCUAUUAGAUUUCCUUCUUUCCCCUCUUUUUUCCUAGAGAAGAGUGGCAAGUUUCUCCGUCUGCCUGACACCUUCUUAGGCUUAGGCAAAAUAAAUGUUGAUUUCCAUCAGGAGGAAGAGUGCUGGAAAGUCCUAAUUCUCCGGCGAGCCUGACAAGCUCAGCGAAAACCGCCUGGGUUUCGAUGGAAAGCUCGUGAUCCGGCCUCGGUUCUUGUCCUUCGGAAGCUGUUCAAUCUUUGGAAUGAAAAAGGGGUUGCUUUCGCUAACUAGAAAUUAUAUACCUGGUUCCUCGGAAGAUGGAUUGCGCCGCUCCCGGAAUGCCGGGAAAGGCGGCGGGGGGAGAGAGUGAAGGAGCUGGAGAUGCGACCCAAGAUUGAUCACGCCAUUUGCAGGAUCUCCCAAGCACAAAACUGGAAAAAUAUCUUUUCCUUUGCCAGGGUUGGGUGGAGUGACACCCCCGUUUGAUCCAGGUUUUCCCUCCAGGGGGGUUUUUGGGAUGUGGUGUUCACCCCUUGGCUGUGCCAUCCUUCCUCCAUUUCCUUCCAUCCAGUGGGAAAAACGGAACAAGUUUUGCUCUCUCAUGACCUAUUUUGAGUUUAUUUUCUCCUUCCUGCCUUGAUUUUUCGAGGAAUCUGUUGGAAAUCAAGCAUGGAUGCUCUGGAAGUAUCUUGGCCCCAUGCACGCUCUCCCAAAGUCAGGAAGUUAAUUGAGGUUGAUUUAAAAAUCACCUUUUUUCUUUUUCUCCCCAAAAAAUGAAUCCAUAUUUCUACUUCCGUAAUCACACCUGCUUUGAGCUGCCUCAUGGAUAUCAACUAAGAAAGUUUUCCCUGGCUCAUCCAAAGGGAAUUGAGCCAUUCCCACCAUUCCUACUGAACUCACACCACGGGGCAGGAAUGUGGAGCUGCUGAUUUUGACCCCUUGAGGUGACAACCAGCAGCUCCGGACCCUCAUUCCAGCAACCAGGCUGGGAUUCACAGAUCCCAGGCUGGAAAAACCACUUGGCUGGAUGCCAAAGGGAAAAAUUAGGAGGGUGGGGGCGCGAGGGUGUUUUGCUCCAGGUCACCGUUCCCAAAUCCCAGCCGGAUUCGGCUGCGUUGCCGGUGAGGAAUAUCCAGAUCCGCCGUGUCUGCCGUGCAUCCUGCUGAUGUAUGGGAGUUGUAUUAAGGGUGGAAAGGUGCUAAAUGAGCCCUCUUUAUUUUCCAUAAAUUAACUCCAGAGCGAUGAAUCACUGCCAGCGCGACUUCGACUCCCAGCAAGUUUGUUUAUCCAAGUUGGAAAGUGAAGGAAAACUCUUGGAGACUCCCCGUUGUUGGGUCCUCACCUGUCCUGCUCCCCCUGCCCCAAAAAAUUUCCUCCUUUGGGCUCUCAGGGCUGCUCGAAGGUGUCCUUGGUCCCACCUCCAGGUUGGGUUCAUUGUUUGGGAAGUGCCAUGCAGGAUUUUGCAGGAGCACGGGCAACAGAACAUCUGGAGGGGGUUUGGGCUGGAUUCCCUCCACCUUCUCCGUGACCUUUUCCACCUCCAUUAAUCCCAAGAGAAAGGGAACUUUUCCCACUAAACCUGUGGGUCCUUUUUGCUCUAGGAAACCUCCAAUUUUUUUCACCCUCAUCUUGGUGGCCAAGUGGCCACCACUUUCCUUCCCACUCAUCACUCUGGUACGUGGAUGCCCACAAACACCUCUCCAAACUCUUUGGAGAGGGGAAACAGGAGAACCUGCAGGAAGCUACUCCCAGCAUUGUGGUUGGAAUGGAGAAGGAUUUCACUCUGUCCACCUUGGUCCGUGGGACGAUGCUGGACUUGUCCUACAAGGUGGUCACCUCCCAGAGGCACUUCAUGGUGUUUUGGCUCAGCAUGAGCAUCCAGAAGCCUCUUUGGAGGAAGAACUGUGUUCC